CGAAGGUUCUUCUUUUCUUUUACUUAAUGAAAAUGAUUUAAAAAGUAUGGGAUUGAAGAUGGGUCCAGUAAAAAAAAUUUUUAAAUUUAUCCAAGAUUGUUCUUCUUCUCAGAUACAACCAUCUCAAGUAGAUGGAACAUAUGAAGUAGCAGAAAAUGGAGAAAUAAUAUUCUCUUCAGAUUUGCCUAUGGAAUUAGGAACUUCUAUAAAAAUGAAUGUUGAAAGUCCAUCUUCCAGUAGUAAUGCUUCUUCAUCUAUAUCAGCUAUUUCUAGUAAAAAUAAGGAAUCUACAAUAUCCAAAAAUAAUUUUUCGCGUUUCAAAACAAUUCAUGAGACUCUUUUGAAGCAUCCUCAAGGUACUAACAUUUUGAAAGCCAUAAAUGGCAUAUUCACAGAAGAUGAUAGACGAAGCCUCGUGAGGAUUUUAACAUCCGAGUUAGUAAAAGUUCAUGGAGAUAAUUAUUAUCCACCUGAAGAAGCUAAAAUAGCCCUCGCUGAAAAUAUCGUAAAAGAAUUUCCAAAAUUACGAGACUAUGAAGCAAAAAAAAGGACAUGAACUUUAUUAUGAUUCAGUUACAAAGAGAGGCUUCAUUGAAUAUCGUCUUUGGACGAUGAGAAAACAUAUUUCACCUACCAAGAAAAAAUAUAUUCAGGCAGCAAUGAAAAGACGAAAUGUAAAU